AUGACUGAGCACGACUAUAUCGAGCAGCUGACUCCGCUGGACCUGGCCAUGCCAAACACCUACAUUCGGGUCCUUCUGGCAUUCCCCGGACCCGAAGCAGACUCAACCCUACACACCCUGCGGACCCUCCAAAACGGUCUCGAGCAACUGUCUAACAAAAUCCCCUGGUUGUCAGGACGAAUCUUCCCCACCACUGACGUCUCUGGCCGACCAUCCCUUGAGAUGCGAUCGCACACAGGAGACACCCCAACGCUGAAAGACAAAGGCACCAUCGCAGCAGCCUACGCAACUCUCUCUGCGCAAAACAUGCCCCCGGAAGCUAUUCCGGGGCGUGUCUGGCCCGUACCGGCCAUGCUUCCGGAGAGUAUGGAGCAGGGCAACCCCGUCUUUGCCGCCAGCGUUUUCCGCUUCGUCGACCGCGGCAUAGGGCUAUGCAUCUGCCUGCACCACCACAGCGUCGACGCCACCGGGUUCGCCGAGGUCGUCCGACUGUGGGCGCAAGCCACCACCACCACCACCAGAACCGCCGGUGGAACACUUCCCUCCGAGUAUUCCCAGUCCAGUCGACAGAGCCAACUCUCUCACGCCCUCACCACAACCCUCCAGGCCCUCUCCUCACCCCAAUCCCCAAACCUCAAGGCCCUCCUCCCCCACCACCCCGAAUUCAGCACCACCCCACCCUCUCUCCCCCCGACCUUCAAACCCUGCACCUCCAGACUCUGCACCCUCCGCCUCCACCACCUCCUCACGCUCCGCACCCUGUGCCAGAAAUACACAUCCCAAGAACCCACAAUCAACACCCUCGUCACCGCCCUCCUCUGGACAACAAUCACCCGCGUCCGCGCCCGCCGCAUCCCGCACAAAGGCAAAAGCACCCUCACCACGGCCGUGAACGGCCGCACCCGCCUCCCCGCCCUCUCCCCGGGCUACACGGGCAAUCUCGUCCUCUACGCCACCGCCCGAUACCCUGCUCCCGCGCUCGCGACCGCGGAUAUGGACCCCGUGCGCGGAUUGGCGGAUAUCUGCGAUUGCAUUACGCAGUCACAGGCUCCGGAUGGCAUUGGGGGGCGGUUUAUUGCGGAGGUGUAUGCUCUGGUCAAGGGGGUGGAUGAUUAUCGAGGCUUGCACCCCGGGUGGGAGAUUUUUGGGGGUAGGGAUGUGACGCUGACGAGUUGGGCGGGGGUAGAGGUUUAUGGAGUGGAGUUUGGGGGUGGGUUGGGCGGGGUGGGGUUUGUGAGGAUGCCGGUUGUGGAGGGGGCGGACGGGGUAGUGGUCAUUCUGCCUAGGAGGAGGCACAGAAAGGAGGAGGGGGUGGAGGUGAUGGUUAUGUUGAGGAAGGAGGAUAUGCUGGCGUUGGAGGAGGAUGAGAUGUGGGGGGUUGUUUGUGGGUUGUAGGGGGC